AUGGCCAGAAAGCGCCCAGACAGAGAAAGCAGACGUCGAGUGGAGGAGACAUCGGGUAUGAGGAAUGCCAACGGAAAAACGCCUGAAAGGUCAAGGUCGUCCUCAACAUCGAAUGGUGGCGGUUCAAACGUAUCAAGAACGCCUCCUUCGGCUUCAAGUUCAUCAGCAUCUCCUAGUGGCUCCUCAGCUACAACCACCCCGCAACCCUUACAAUCGACAGCUGAAUCGAUAAACUCACAAUCGAGCGCUAGUACACCGAUAGUUCCAACAAGGCCCACAAACGAGGGUGGCCGAAUCAAUCGUGUUCUCGCGCCAUUGCUGGACGUGAACGCCGAUGAAAAUGUACAAGGAGAAACAGGAAGAGUUCAACCAGCGCCUCGAACAGAGGAUCGAAGCGAACAUCAACCAAAGCCAAAAAGGGCGGAAAAAAAGUCGAGACGCUUGCCCAAGGCUCUUACAGCCAAUGUUCGAGAAGUUUACAAAAGCCUUGUUGGAGAUGAUGGAGUACAAAUCCUCUGGGACUUUUCCAAAAGCUUUGAUGGACCUGAAAACAAGAAUGUGAACCAGCAAAUUUUAGCUGGAGUACAGAGCACAGAUGGUGUUACCCCAGUUAGCACAAUAAAAGCUGCCAUGAGAGUCCACUUUCGAACAAAGCGGAGGCAGCACCAAAACUCAAGAGAUGACAGUCAGGCUGCCUUGAAACAACAGAGAGUCCGAAGCCGCCUUAACACGAAAAAGAACCAGAGAGUAAAAGCACUCAAUAUAUCGACUUCCUUAGCGGCAGAGGAGAAAGAGAGAUACACGAAGUACAUGACAGUUGACUACAUGUCUUCUGAACAGUCGAUGUCUGAAUCAGAGGGCGAGAAUGUAGAGAAUGGCUAUGAGAGCCCAGACGUAGAGAGACCAAAGAAAAAAGUUUUCAGUGUCAGCACACUGCCGUGGCGAAGUCCUGAGCUCACUCAAGUCAUGCACAGCCUAGACAGAAAGUUAAUGCGCCGAAGGAGUGCAAAAGCCACUAAUAUGUUAGUGAAAAGGCAUCGCUCUGGCAUUAUCUCGAGCCGUCCCGCUCCUGAUGAUGCAGAUGCCUUUGCACUGGCAUAAGCAUUGGUGGUUUAUGUACUCCUUAAGCCUAGUUCUCAUAUGCUGCCAAUGCACAGGUCUCAUGGCCGCUAAUACUGCCUGGGAUACUGUUCCGAUAUGAUAACAGAAGUGGCUAGCAACAUUGGUCAUCCCGGUCUUUACUGCCGCAGGACUGUCAUUAAGAGCUGGGGGCCCGUGUUGUGCCCCGCCUACUAUGAACACAGCCCUCAGCUACUUUCAUUGGAAAAUAGAACCAAAAAAAUC